AUGUCAGACAAGCAAAACCUAAGCUACCAAGCCGGUCAAGCCACUGGCCAAACUAAGGAGAAGGCAAGUGGGAUGAUGGACAAGGCCAAAGAUGCUGCUGCUUCAGCUCAAGACUCCAUGCAACAGAAGGCACAAGGAGCUGCUGAUGUGGUCAAGGACAAAACCGGCAUGAACAAGAACACUUAA